AAUCCCCAGUGUCUGCAACGACAACUGUCAUGGAUUUAAGUUGCUCCAGUGAGUUGGCCAUGAUGACACAAUCUUUGCACUUUGUUCAGUUAUUGAGUAGGAUUAUACGAGGAACUUAUAAGAGUCGUCACGAGCAGGUACCGCACCGGAUAACUACUAAAUCAGCAGAGAACGGAAACAGCGCCUACACUCGACGGAAAUCAAGCAUGACAUCGUUUACCGAUAGAUGGCGCAGGACGUCACUGACUCAACUUUCCACAAACAACAUGGGAAAACCAAAGAAGACGAAAAAGUUUGCAGCAAUGAAGAGAAUGAUAAGCCUCAGAGACAAUAGAAUGUACAUUUAAAUAUUGAGCUUCAAAAAGAAAUAAAUGCGUUUAAAAGAUAAGAAGGACAGAUUAAAGAAGAAACGCAAGACACCAAAAUCUGACGGUUCAAACUUUUCUAUACGAGAAGUCCCACAGACCUCAUCUGCCAUGUUCUUCCAAUACAAUACACAACUAGGUCCACCUUACAGAGUUUUGGUGGACACGAAUUUCAUCAACUUUUCAAUUAAGAACAAACUGGACAUUUGGCAAUCAAUGAUGGAUUGUUUAUAUGCAAAAUGCAUUCCAUAUAUCACUGACUGUGUGAUGGCUGAGUUGGAGAAGCUGGGACCAAAAUACAGGGUGGCACUAAGAAUAGCUAAGGAUCCUCGGUUUGAAAGACUACCAUGCAUGCACAAAGGAUCGUAUGCAGAUAACUGUCUUGUAAAUAGAGUUACACAGCACAAGUGUUAUAUAGUUGCCACGAAUGACAAGGAGCUGAAGAGACGGAUCAGGAAGAUUCCAGGAACACCAAUCAUGUACAUAGCAAAACACAGGUUUUCUAUAGAGCGUAUGCCAGAUGCUUUCGGCGCACCCAAUGUAUAGGAGCAUGUGCAUCUUCACAUCUCAUUUUUAUGACUCCUGAAAACAGUACACUGAAGCUGAAUUGAUUUUCUCGGCAACUAUUUUCCAGUAAUCCAUUAUUAAUGACAUUAUUAGGAAUUAAUAUAAGCAAAUCAGUGAAUUAAAAUCUACUAGUGGGCUGCCAUGAUCACGGCGAUCAAAUAAAAGAUUUUGUAAGUAGUUGAUGAAUAAAAUAAGUUAUAGCAUA